AUGUCGGCUGUGGAGGAGCUCCGAGCUCAAAUCGAUGCGCUCGCGUCGCAGAUCUCUGCGGUUAAAAAGGAACAGGGCGCCUCUAGUGAGGCGUGCAAAUCCCUUGUGGCUAAAAUGACUGAACUUCGAAAGCAACUUCCUCAAGAAAAGAAGGAAAAGAAAGCGGAGAAGGCCCCGGAGAUCAGUUACUACGAUACACGUCUCGCAAUGGUGAAAGAAAUGGGCCCUCUCGGUGCCGCCUACCCUCAUAAGUUCCACCGAGACUACACCUUACCCGCCUUCCGAGAGUGUUUCAAGCCAAUGUUGCAGGAAAAGGGUCAACGCCUCGAUAAGGUCGUGACGAUUGCCGGACGUAUCGUCGUGAAGAGAAGCUCGAGCUCCAAACUGCAUUUUUUGGCUCUUCAGGGUGAUGGGGAGGUACUGCAGGUUAUAUCCAUGGCGAGUGACUACGUUAAUGAUGGUUUUGCGGACAUUCACAGCAAGAUCAAGCGUGGCGAUAUCAUUGGUGUGCGAGGUGUGCCAUCGUUUUCAAACACGGGGGAGUUCUCCAUGAGUGCCUACGAAAUCACGCUGCUCUCCACAUGUUUUCACAUGUUGCCAGAUGAGCAUUACGGGCUGAGCUCAGUCGAACAGCGCUUCCGUCAGCGAUACCUCGACCUGAUUGUGAAUCGAGAAAACGCGAAGACUUUUAUCCUCCGCUCCAAGAUCAUAAGCUACAUCCGCAGUUUCUUUGACCAGAAGGACUUCCUAGAGGUGGAAACGCCCAUGUUGAACCAGAUCGCCGGUGGUGCUGCUGCGCGGCCUUUUAUCACACACCACAAUGAGCUCAACCAGACAAUGUACCUGCGAAUUGCACCGGAGUUGUACCUAAAAAAACUUGUUGUUGGUGGCUUGGAUCGUGUAUAUGAGAUCGGCAAACAGUUCCGCAACGAAGGUAUCGAUCUCACGCAUAAUCCGGAGUUCACGAGUGUGGAGAGUUAUUGGGCGUACGCAGACUACAAUGAUUGGAUGGAGACCACUGAGGAGUUACUUUACGGUAUGGUCAUGCAUCUUUACGGAUCUCCUAUUGUGAAGUACUCCCCGAGGGAUUCAGAGGGCCGUCAGUUACCUGAGGUAACUUUUAACUUCAACAGGCCCUUCAAACGCCUGCACAUUGUUCCGAAGUUGGAGGAGAUACUAGGACUUAAAUUCCCUGCUGAUUUCUAUUCCUCUGAGGCAAACAGUUUCUUUCUGGACAUUUGCAAGAAGAACCAGGUUGAGUGCAAUCCCCCCUUCACAACGACACGCCUACUAGAUGCGCUUGUCUCCCACUAUCUUGAGCCACAGUGCCACGACCCGACAUUUCUGUGCGACCACCCGCGUAUAAUGUCUCCGUUGGCAAAGUGGCACCGUAAAGACCUUCGGCUCAGCGAGCGCUUCGAGCUGUUUAUUAACAAAAAAGAGAUCUGCAAUUCAUAUACGGAGUUAAACAGUCCCCUCGUGCAGCGAGAGGAGUUUGAAAGGCAACUGCGUGACCGCGAGAAGGGUGAUGACGAGGCAAUGGAUAUUGAUGAGGGUUAUGUACAAGCAUUGGAAUACGCGUUGCCUCCCACUGGUGGUUGGGGUUUGGGUAUUGAUCGACUCGUCAUGUAUCUCACAAGCCAAAACAACAUCAAGGAAGUCCUUCUAUUUCCAGCUAUGAAACCUGAAGGGACAUCCUCUGCCACAUUCCCACCAGGAACAAUGUUGAAUGGACAAGGGGUGCCACUUCUUUGA